GCGGAACAUGGCAAUGCAGUAUGUUAUGCUGGCGGCGCUCGUCGCGAGCUCGUCAGCGUUCAUGAGCUCGACGAUGAGCAGUAGACUGACGGCGAAGAGAGUAUGGACGAACAAGGCCUCCUAUAGGGUGAACGCCCCUGCUGCGCGGAAAGCAGCCGUGCCAUUGAGGAUGGCUUCCUCUACCGAUGCGCAGUACGGCAAGUCCUUCGUCGUGGAUGCGGCGGAGGAGCACACUGCUACAGUGAUCUGGCUGCACGGACUAGGAGACUCGGGGAAGGAGUGGACGAAGCUUGCUUCAGCCAUCUCCGUUCCCUGGGCGAAGUUUGUGUUUCCAACAGCGUCAAGACAGCCAUCCACCAUCUGCGAGGGAGCGACUAUGAACUCUUGGUAUGACAUUACGGGGCUGGGGGUCAAGGAGCUCAGAUCGGACGUGGAGGGGAUACAGAAAAGCAUUGACCACAUUCACUCGCUUGUGAAGGCAGAGAUUGAGUCCGGUACCCCCAGCGAGCGAAUUAUCUUGGGAGGAUUCUCACAGGGAGGGUGUGUUGCGAUCGCGGCCGCCAUGAAGUUUGAGCAAGAGCUAGGAGGAGUCAUGGCUGUAAGCUCGUGGUAUCCUCCUUGCCCUUCCUCUUCUGACGCCUUGGCAGCAAACAAGAAGCUGCCGGUCAUGCUCUGCCACGGAGAGGUCGAUCCCAUUGCCAAGGUUGAGUGGAGCAGGAAGGCAUUCGAAUACCUCCUAGACAUGGAUAUGCCGGCGGAGGGGAACGUCUACCCUGGGGUUGGGCACGAGUUCACCCCCGCGGAAGUGACGGACAUGAAGGAGUUCAUCCAGAGGAACUGCCCCCCGACC